AAACCCCACCGUUGCUGGUUCACGAUCAGUUGAGCCGACAUCAUGGGGUCAGAGAAAGACGUUCUUGUGGCUGCUGCUGUUUUCCUUUUCGCCCUCAUUUCACACAGUGAGGGCAUAGUCGGUGGCAGAGAGGCAGCUGCUCACUCUCGGCCCUACAUGGCCUCCAUCCAGGUGCCAGAAGGAGAGAAUAUGAAACACGAGUGUGGAGGGUUUGUGAUUGCAGAUCAGUGGGUGAUGACUGCAGUACACUGUAUGCCAACAGGGCCAAAUGGAAGGAAAGUAGUGCUGGGUGUCCAUUCUCUGAGUGAAGCUGAAGAGACAAAGCAGACAUUUGAUAUUUUGGAACUUCACAAUCACCCUGACUUCCGCGAGUCAAAUUACGAUAAUGACAUCGCUUUAAUAAAGUUGGAUCGUCCAUACACCACCUCUGUAGCCAUUCGACCAGUUGAAUUCAUGCGACAGGGCGGCACAAACCCCGGCAAUGAUGCAGAGGUGGAGACGGCCGGGUGGGGGUCCCUGGAUAACCUGGGGUCCAGACCAGACAAGCUCCAAGAGGUGACCGUCGAUGUGGUCAUAUCGGCUCUGUGCAGACGCAGCGACUACUUCGGCUCAAAGUUCACCGCUAACAUGAUAUGUGCACAAAGAGUCUGCCCACAGCCCUGUGAUCAACUGUAUAAGAAACAGGACACCUGUGACGGUGACUCUGGAGGUCCUCUGCUCUUCAACGGCACAGUAGUGGGCAUCACUUCCAAUGGAGGAAGGAAGUGUGGCCAACUUAAAAAGCCUGGAAUUUACACCAUCAUCUCCCACUACACCCGGUGGAUCGACGGCAUCUUGGGCCUGCAGCCAGAUCCAACACCGGAACACAGCGACUAAAAAGCAUCAGCCAUGUUUCCACCGCAAACAGCAUCACCAGCGGCAUGGCUCUAUAGAGAAUGAUCCCCGUAUGGGGAGACGUUCUACAACCACCUGUACAAACAGAUCAGCCAUCACUUUAUAAAGGAAUCAAUAAAAAACAGCUUUAUCACAUU